CCAUUAUGGUAAUUAUGCCGUGUGAUAUAAAUACCAGAAAUCUGACUUGGAAAUGUUCAAGCAAAACUAACAUAAAAAACUACUGCAACUACGAAAUAUAGAAAAGAAAUAAUCACUCAAAGAGCAUCGAAACGAAUUUGAAGUUGAAGCUGUAUAUUGCAAACGAAAAUAUGUAAUGUUUCGUCACAGUUAGCGAGCGAAAGUUCAGUUAGAAUAUUAUCGACUUUGUUCUACAUUAACUCGACCUGCAGAUGAAGUGAGCUUCAGAUUUUCACCUUCCAGGUUUAAAAACGUCUUAAUUUGUGGACCAAUAAAACGAGUUCUAGAAGAUGUCACUAAUCGUGCAAGGCGAACAUGUCUGGUUGGACGACAGCACCGUUCCCGGGGGUUUUGGUAUUCCAAUAGGCGCACGUGUCGAGUCGAUAGAAGGAUCCAAGGUUGUCCUCAAAGAUGAUGAGGAACGGGAGAUAAACAUACAACGUGCGGAAGCUGAACUAUUGAAUCGAAUGCACCAAGGCAGUGUGGACACCGUCGACGAUAUGAUCAAACUUGGUGACUUAAAUGAAGCAGGAAUUCUACGUAACCUACUGAUACGAUACCGAGAAAGGCAGAUUUACACAUACAUUGGUUCAGUGCUGGUAGCCGUCAACCCGUACACUUUCUUUCCUAUCUACGACUCUACAUACAUCAAUGAGUAUCAAGGACGUGAUUUGACUGCCCUACCACCUCACAUCUUUGCUGUAGCAGAACAGGCAUACAGCCUUAUGAAGCGAGAGAAGCAUAACCAGUGUAUUGUUAUAAGUGGUGAAAGUGGCGCAGGUAAAACAGAAUCCACCAAGUUCAUCCUGCAAUAUCUAGCGACUGUAAGUGGACAACAUUCCAGAAUAGAACAGCAAGUUCUACAAGCGAACCCAAUACUUGAAGCAUUUGGAAACGCCAAGACCCUUCGCAAUGAUAACUCAAGUAGAUUUGGUAAAUAUAUCGAUGUUCACUUCAACAAGUCAGCUGUCAUUGAAGGAGCAAAAAUCGAACACUACUUAUUGGAGAAGUCGCGUAUUGUGAACCAGAUGCCAGAUGAAAGGAAUUACCACAUAUUUUACCGCAUGUUAGCAGGCAUGAGCCCACAAGAGUUGCGCUCACUCCAUCUCACAACACCACAGGACUACUACUACUUGUCUCAGGGGAACUGCUUCACGUGUCAGGGUGUGGAUGAAGCACGUGCAUUCCACGUGAUCAAGGAAGCCAUGGAGGUACUGGCUUUUACUGAAGAAGAAAUGUGGCGCAUAUUCAAGAUAAUGGCCGCCCUUCUGCAUCUGGGGAAUAUUAGUUUUCAAGCUACAGUCCAUGAGAAUAUGGAAUCGUGCGAAAUCAUGAAUGCUGAACACACAAAUUACGCUGAAGAUCUACUUGGGCUUCCACGGAACACGAUGGAGAAAGCCUUUACCUUCAAGUCCACAUACGCAUCAGGUGAAGUCAUCUAUAGUCCACUGAGUGACAGCAAAGCCACAGAUGUCAGGGAUGCUUUUGUCAAAGGAUUGUACGGUAAAACCUUCGUCUGGAUCGUCCGCAAGAUAAACGCCUCAAUCUACAAACCCAAGGACGAGAAAGACGGUCGCACGUCUAUUGGUGUACUGGAUAUCUUUGGCUUCGAAGUCUUUGACGUGAACAGCUUUGAACAACUGUGCAUCAACUAUGCAAACGAGAACCUUCAACAGUUUUUUGUUGCGCAGAUAUUCAAAAUCGAGCAGGAAGAGUACAGUCGGGAAGGAAUCGAGUGGAAACAAGUGACCUUCCAAGACAAUCAAGACGUUCUCGACAUGCUGGCCCUCGCACCUAUGAACUUUAUCGCGCUAAUGGACGAAGAGAGUAGAUUCCCUCAGGGAACAGACGAGUCAUUUCUACACAAGCUGAAUGCAAAUCAUAAAGACAAUCCUUACUUCGUUAAAAGCAGCUCAUUGGAAAGAACGAAGUUUGGAGUCGUGCACUUCGCUGGGACUGUGUAUUAUGAAUCUGAAGGAAUUCUAGACAAGAAUCGUGACACAUUCAGUGGUGAUCUCAUUGAUUUGAUAGCUCAAAGUGACUCAAACUUCUUGCUCGAUUUUUUCAUAAAAGAACGUUCCAUGGGAACAGAGACAAGAAAACGAUCUCCCACUUUAAGCAUGCAGUUCAGACGUUCGUUAAAUGUUUUGAUGAAGACUCUAUCGAACUGUCAUUCAUCAUUUGUACGCUGCAUCAAGCCGAACAACCAUAAACAAGCCAUGGUGUUUGACAGACAGUUGUGCUGGCAACAGUUGAAGUAUUCAGGAAUGCUUGAAACAGUUAGGGUUCGAAAGGCUGGUUAUUCUAUGCGACACACCUUCGAAGAAUUUGUCACACGAUAUCACAUGCUUCUGCGUGACAGUGAAGCCAAGUCACGCAAUCCACAAGAAGUCUCGGAACUCAUCGCCAGUUCUUUACUCAGCAGCACGGGCUGGGUAAUGGGAACGAGGAGAAUCUUCUUAAAGGAAUCUCAAGACAAAAUUCUAGAAAAUGCUCGCUCCAGGCUCCUCACGUCCAAGGUUGUUCUUCUACAAAGGAAUAUUAGAAAAUAUCUUCAACAAAAACGUGUCCGAAAAGAAAGGAAUGGAGCCAUUGUGAUUCAGAAAACAUGGAGAGGGUACAAAGAGAGGCGAGCGUAUAACACGAUGAGACGGGGUUUUUACCGCCUUCAAGCCAUUGUACGUUCACGUUUACUUGUCAAGAAAUACCACACGCUCAAGCUACAAAUGGCUGAAGAACAAAAAUUAAAGCUACAAGAACAGAAGAGAAGAGAAGAAGAGGAGAGAAGAAGGGAGGAAGAAGAGAAGAGAAGGGAGGAAGAAGAAAGAUGGCGGAAAGAACAAGAGUUACGAAGACGAGAAAGAGAACGAAAAAGAAAAGAAGACCUUGAAAGAAGAGCCAAAGAAGCCCAGAUGGAAAGAGAGCAGAGGGAGAAAAACCGUGGUGAGGGACUUACACUCCUAGGUCGUUCCUCAGCCGGCAAAGCUACUUCUCAAAGCACAGCAUUAUACCAAGGGACAUCAGCCAGUACUACUCAAGACCUGGGCGCUCUUUCUUCUUCACUCAGUGAGAUGCUGACACGCUCUAAUCCUACUCGUGGUGCGCAGGACGGUGCGCAGUAUGUUCCUCACACGUUAACCUCAACGAUAUCAAGUUUGUCUUCUCUUUUAAAGCCAAGUCCAGGCAAUUCUGCUGCUUUUGCGGUUUCUUUGCUUGCUUUUGGAAUCGCAUUAGGAACUCCACCAACAGAGCAGCACAAUCAACAACAACAACAACAACAAGAAGAAUCCACAACAGCUGACAGUCAGGCCUCUACAAGUCGACAGCAGAGUCAACGACAAGGCUUCGUAUCACCUCUGCGCACUGAAGCGCGUGGCCCGCAAAGUUCGAAUCGUAACGGACCCAAUUCAGAGCUACGACAUUAAUCGUACAAUCCGGGGACAGCAUCCAUCGAUCAAUAUAUUGAAAUAAAAUAUAAAUCACCAUAAGGUAGCAGAGUUUAAGAUUAAUGCAUCUCAAUCUAGGCCGCAUCCUUUGGGCGCAUGUAGAACACGAUACACAAAGACUAUGAGGAUUUUACAGUCGUUAGCACCCAUUCAUUAAUUCCCUAUACUACCUUACAGCCUAAGGUCUACUUUUCAUUGCGCUGUGAGCACAAACACAAGAAAAAGCGCUGCGUGUGUUUUGUUUUGUUUUGUUUGUUUGUUUUUAUGUUGUUUUUUUUGUUUUUUGUUUGUUUUUUUUUUGUUUGUUUGUUUUUGUUUUGUUUUGUUGACUUGACCACAAACAUACUGAGAAGCAGCAUGGUAAAUGUUGUCGACGCUGAAAUAGCGAUGGAAACAUUCAAAAACCUCCAUUUACAAAAAUGUGAUUAUCAAAGUAAUAUACCACGACAAGGGUUAUUCUUUUCCGGAUGUGAACUGGAGACGAUGUUAGCCUCCCAAUAUUCAUGCUUUUCGUUGAGCAGUUUUCGUUGAGUCACGUAUUUAAGCUUCGCAAAAUUGGAACGAUAUCGUAGAUCGAUCCGUGGAAACAUGACCGCCAUCAUCUAAUCUCUAGUUUUCACGCCAUUAUUCACGAUACUAAGGAUCGUAAUUGAAUUGAUUGCAAAUAUCCGUCCAUUUUCUAACACAUAAAAUCCCUAACAAGCUCAACAUAAUCACCUUAACGAGUUAUUUUGAUAAAGUACUCGAGGAAUAAGAACACCGGAGACAGUAUGGGGAUCUACUUAAAUAAAUCAAUUCAUUCAUUAUUAGGAUAAAAACACUGUGGAUUUCGACAGCAGAGAGCCUCAUUUCUUAGUAUUUACUGCUUUCUUUUCCACUAAGAUUGUUCGAUAUAGGGCAGAUGUUUCCACGCGCGAGUCGAUCGCAAAGGGCGUUGGAAUACCUCGUAUUGAGCACCUCAAAUUUCUAUUUUUUUAUCAUGAAAUUCGUGAGCUCAAAGUGAUGCUCAUGUGAAAUAAAAAUGAAAUUUAGAAGCACUCUGGUAAUGAAAAAAGUAUAUUUAUUGUUUAGAGGUGUUACAUUUUCUUACGGCAUUCCCAUGAUCAUCUCGUAGUUUUCUCUUGAAGCUUUAUCUAAGCUUUAUGACUAUAGAUACAUAGUAUGAUAAAGUGCAAUUCGAAACUGACGUCCUAUCGACUUAGAAUCAAGCUCGGCUUCCGCACGCGUGUAUAGUAUAUAAAUGACAAACGAAAAAUAGAAAUCCUCCAAGGUUCCAGAGAAAUUUUGUUCCACGUAUCUUUGUUUGUACAUGACGUCAUAGCCGCCAUGUUGGAUGAAUUGAACAAGACUUGUCAAUGAAUUUUUCUGUUGUUAUGUUAUCCAUCAUGGCCGCCGUGUCUUUUGCAAUUCUUUGCCUUCAUCGAGUUGUAGUACCAUUAGAGCCCGGACAGGGUCUCUUUAUUAGCAAGACAUUAGCUCUCAGCAUGUCAUAUUCAGGUCAUGUGUAAGGCUGACAUUUCUGUAGUGGCUGUAGAUUUAGAAAUAAUACCCGGAGGCCGAUUAUUCAAUAAACUGAGUAGUUUGCUUUGUAAGGGUUAAGAGCGAUAUAUGAAGGAGUUUUCUAAAUUGCGUAUUAGCCCGUACUCUCAGGCCAGCCAAAACCCCCUUGAUCAAGAGCCAACAUUUCUUGACAUUAAUUAACUUUUCAGAAAUAUGGGAGAAGUCAUUUUUUAGGAGGGGUGUGUGGGCCCUAUAAACAGUAAUGUAACAUCUUUAGCCCCCCUUUUUUAAAAGUGACCCUUCCCUUGAAAUUUGUUAUUUAACCCUCCCCUUUAUGUGGUAUGAAAUAUUUGAUGGGUAGAAAUUUAAUGGUCCUCCCCUGGAUUCGGGCAAAACCCCCCUACCCCCUCCUAACAAAUAAAUACUUCCUAACUCAUUGACUACGCUUGAUACUUUAUUGAUAAAUCAAGAAGAUUGAUGCUCUUUUAGUGUUUGUCUACGCCUCGGUGCUGAAUAAAACUCUUAAUUGACACUGA